CUGUACACAAUUCUAAGCUUGCACGGUCGACAAGUAUGGAUGAAUUGUCUCGGAAUGAAAGCAUUCAGACUGUCGAUAGAACUAGCAGAAGUCCUACGCCGUCAGUGCCCCGCCGACGUCUCCGUUGUUUUGCCUAUGCAGCAGUGCUACUGGUAUGCGGCUAUCUCAACUACGCCUGCACCUACUUGUCUACUACUUUCUACCCUCAGGAGGCCAAAGCUAGGAAAGGAUCAAGAGCUGACACUCUUGUUGGUGUUAUGAUAGGCGGCAAUCAACUGUCUGCUGUCAUUGCCGCCUUGGUUGUUGGAGCGCACAUGAACAGGCUGGGUGUGAAGUUCAUACUUUUGGCUGCGCCGUUUCUCGUUGGAGGUUGUACUGUGAUUUUUGGCUUCCUUGAGGAUGUGGACUCGUGGACGCCAUUUAUUUGCCUCAGUAUUGCUAUCUAUUUUGUGAUGGGAUUUGGACAGACGGCAUUUACGACAGCUGCUAAUACUGUAGUUGUUACUAUGUUUCCUUCUCAUGUGGCUGUUGUCUGGGCUGUGGUGGAAUUUGCUCUCGGACUUGGGUUUAUUACCAGUGCACCACUUGGGGGAUGGUUGUAUGACACAAAGGGGUUUUUCUUUCCUUUUGUUGUCAUAGGAGGAGCGUUGCUGCUAUUCAUUCCAUUGUUGCUCGUCUUCCGAUCAGAUACUCACUUCAUUUCCAGACAAGUUGUUACUGGCAAUCGAAUGUCCAUGUGGGCGCUGCUAAAGAUGAUACCUGUGCUGGUAGUUUGUGUGAAUCAAUUGCUCUCAUUGGCACCUCUGGCAAGUUUUCAGACUUCUUUGGCUUUGUAUCUCGGCAACACGUAUGGCUGGCGUGCAACUCAAAUUGGAUUGCUGUUUCUCAUAUUAGGAGGAACUUAUGUUGGAUCUUCAAUUGCUGUUGGUGCUCUAAUUGAUGCCACUAAUCCACGAGUUAUGAUGAUCAUAGGAUUACUGAUGGAAGGAUGUGGAUUGUUGUAUAUUGCGCCGUCUUUUCUGUUUACAUCUCUCUCUCCUGAGCCCUGGCUUGUGUAUAUGGCUAUGGCACUGAUUGGAUUUGGAUUGUCGCUGAUUACGACGUCGGCACCCCCAGACAUAAUUGCCACUGCUGUCUCGAGAGGAUACAAAAAAGAUAUGUCAUUGAAUGGCGUAGUAGCAGGUGUGAUAGGUGCAGCAACUUUUUUAUCAGGAGCCCUGUUUUCACCAAUAGCUGGAGCUCUGACUGCUUCCUAUGGCUUUCGCCACACCACAACUUACUUUGCUUUCGGCAUUUUCCUGCAAUUUGUUGUGACCAUUAUAAUCAGUGUAAUUGAGAAAGGAACCUUUUUGAAAAUUUAUAGGCAACCAGUUACUAAUGAAAUUUGAUCACUUUAAAUAGUUUUUUGUUGUUGAUACUUUUUGCAUUACAGCAACAGGUCAGUGCAAUCGAUGUUUCUACUCUAUGUUCAUGUUCAGAUGCAGAGAAACUUGAGUGCUUGAUCAAGGCUGCUAUCAUUGAAACAAUCUAUCUGAGGAUUCACUAAACAUUUUAAUUAACACCUGUGUACUUUUAAUAGCAUGAAAAUGAGACAUAGCGUAUAUGAAUAAUUUAUGUUUCUACAAACUAAAUAACUGACGUUGACCAGGGUUUUAUACAGAAAUUUCAGAUUGGUGGGGAAUUUUUACUAUGGUAUGGCAACGCCCACUCUUCAUAUUGAUAUUAAUUGGAAUCUCCCAGAUACAUUUCUAAGCUAUUAAUUAAAUUAGGGCAUAUAUGACAAAAAUGAAAUACAAAACGCUUUCAGAUUUGUAUGGUCAACCAUGUAAUAUUCGAUUUGAUGGAAGUGUGCACCUCUCCUGAGGUCACUAAUGGAUGCGGCUAAUGUCACGCCAUGCAGAAGAAAUGAAACAGAAAAAGAAAAAGUUAAUGGAGAAACAAGCAAUGCAUGUCAGAGACAUUCAACCUGAAAAAAACUUGAAAGAUUUGGAAUUUGCAGAGACAAAAUCAGAAGA